GCGCCACCUGUUUCCGCCCCUGGGACUUCCCCGAGCUGGGCUCUGAGCGUGGAGCGGGCAGCCCGGCCUGCCCAGGAGUCAGGGCCCGGGGUAACUCCUGCACCGCAGCCUUCCGCGCAGGCCCGCCCGGCAGGGCCCGCGCACCACGUGGGCCGCGCUCUGCGCAAGGCCUUGGAGACUCCGAAAGGCGACCCCAGCCGAGCAACAACUGGGAGAUAGAACAACAGUCAACAUUUCUGAGUGCUUCCUGAGAACGCCUGUUGGACUAUUUCAUUCCCCGUUGUCUUUAGGACUGAAGACGUUUUUGGUGGUUCACGUGGCUGUUUUUCAGGAAACCGUACAGAAACAUGAAGCCUUCAACCAUCUGGAACUCAGAAACUCGUUCAGGGCUGUCUGAAGCUUCUAGAAAGAACAUCCAGGUGUUCUGCAGAUGCAGCCAUUUGUCCUGUAGUCACCAGAUGGAGUCCCACACAGAUACAGGGCUAGUGUUGUGGCUCUCACCUCCCAAUGUCUAAUGGCUAGAGAACGUCAUUGGCUGACUGUCGGACAUCAUUAAUUUCAUCAUUAUUAAGCUAUGGUAGGGAAACCUUGACUAGAGAAGCUCCAAACUAGGGGUUGCUUGUUUGUAGUCUCUCGAAUUGGGAUUUCAGAUGGAAGCCUCAUCUCUGUAGUCUCCACCAUUCUUGUAGCCAUCAUUACUGCUACCACCCCAGCUCUCAGCGACUUCCUGCAUUGAAAGUGAGCAGAAAGGAAGCUCGGAAAAGUCUGUGCUGGUGGAGCACCAUCACUCAAACCACCAUGGGCUGGCUUUUUCUAAAGGUUUUGUUGGUGGGAGUGAGUUUCUCAGGAUUGCUUUAUCCGCUCAUGGAUUUUUGCAGCAGUCGGAAAGCGAGAGAGGAGAAACCAAAUUUCGUGAUCAUUUUGGCCGAUGACAUGGGGUGGGGUGAUCUGGGAGCCAACUGGGCGAAAACAAAGAACACUGUCAAUCUGGAUAGGAUGGCUCUGGAAGGAAUGAGGUUUGUGGACUUCCAUGCACCUGCCUCAACCUGCUCGCCCUCCCGAGCCUCUCUGCUCACCGGCCGCCUGGGCUUUCGCAACGGAGUCACACACAACUUCGCAGUCACCUCCGUGGGGGGUCUGCCGCUGAACGAGACCACCUUGGCACAGGUGCUACAAGAAGCUGGCUACGUCACCGGGAUGAUAGGCAAAUGGCAUCUUGGGCACCAUGGCGCCUAUCAUCCCAACUUCCGCGGCUUCGACUACUACUUUGGGAUCCCGUACAGCCAUGAUAUGGGCUGCACUGACACCCCAGGUUACAACCACCCACCUUGUCCAGCCUGUCCGCGGGGUGACACGCCACCGAGGAAAUCUGAGAAAGACUGUUACACGGAUGUGGCCCUUCCUCUCUUUGAGAACCUCAACAUCGUGGAGCAGCCCGUAAACCUGAGCAGUCUGGCCCAGAAGUAUGCUGAGAAAGCAACCCAGUUCAUCCAGCACGCAAGCUCCAGCGGACGACCCUUCCUGCUCUAUGUGGGCCUGGCGCACAUGCAUGUGCCCUUAUCUGUGACCCAGCACUCAGAAGAUCCAGGGGGCCAAGGGUCAUACAGUGCAGGUCUCCAGGAGAUGGACAGUCUGGUGGGCCAGAUCAAAGACAAAGUUGACAGCACAGCCAAAGAAAACACGUUCCUCUGGUUUACAGGAGACAAUGGCCCAUGGGCUCAGAAGUGUGAGCUGGCUGGCAGCAUGGGUCCCUUCACUGGAUCGUGGCAAACUCGUCAAGGGGGAAGUCCAGCCAAGCAGACCACCUGGGAAGGAGGGCACCGGGUCCCAGCACUGGCUUACUGGCCUGGCAGAAUCCCAGCAAAUGUCACCAGCACUGCCUUGUUAAGCGUGCUGGACAUUUUCACCACCGUGGUUACUCUGGCCCAGGCCAGCCUGCCCCCAAGCCGGCGCUUUGAUGGUGUGGAUGCCUCCGAGGUGCUCUUCGGCCGGUCACAGACUGGGCGCAGGGUGCUGUUCCACCCCAACAGUGGAGCAGCUGGAGAGCCCGGAGCCCUGCAGACUGUCCGCCUGGAGCGUUACAAGGCCUUCUAUAUCACUGGUGGGGCCAAAGCAUGUGACGGGACCGUAGGGCCUGAGCAGCGUCAUGAGCUUCCCCUGAUCUUCAAUCUAGACCGUGACACUGCAGAAGGGCUGCCUCUGGAAAGAGGUAGUGCUGAAUGCCAGACCGUACUGCCCCAGGUCCAAAAGGCUCUUGCAGACGUCCUUCAAGAUAUUGCCUUUGACAACAUCUCCAGAGCAGAUUACACUCAAGAUCCUUCAGUGACUCCCUGCUGUGACCCCAGCCAAACUGCCUGUCGCUGCAGAACUGUCUAACAGACUGGUUUGUCUACAAGGAGGAGUGCUGGGAAAUUGGAUGGGCAGGUUCACUUCCAUACUUAAGUUUUACCCUCUUUAUCAACAUUGCCUUUAAAAAUAAGUCUCAGGGUCUUGUUUGGGAGCCAGAGUUCUGCACACUCCCAUGGUACACUGCCCUUCUCUGUGGGGGCUUGUGAGAAUCCUGAGCUGAGCUGGCCCUGGGGCA